AUCCUCAUGGAGCGAACAAAGAAAAAAGCAUUAUAUCAACGAGAAAACUUUGUAAUCCUGUGCUUACCCUUUUUCUGGGUAUCCAAAUGGUAAUUGACGAAGUAUAUCAAGUUUCUAUGUUUCGAAAAGCAAUUCAGCGGCUACCUUUAUCAUAAUAUAUUACAAUUUUUAAUAGAUGAGAUCGGUAAUUAGGAGAUUCGAUUCUUACUUCUCGUCCCAUGAACUUGGAACUUAUAAUUAUCACAAAAUAACCAAUUUCUGAGUAGAACGAAAGGUUCAGAUCGAUUAUCUGUUGGAAAAAGCUGGCCUACAGUGAAUCGAGAUAAAAGGGAAAAAAGGGAAAGAUGUGAGAAGCGGUGAACAGUUUGUUGUAGAUGGAUCGGUAGCCAUCGGUCGGUGGAGGCGGGGUUGGUCUGGUUGCGAGAGUCGAGGAGGCGGCCACGUGGAUCAAUACCAAAGAGGGUGAAGCUGCCACCGCCACCAUCCGCGAGUAGCAGUAUGCUCGCGCCGCGGAUACGCGCCGCACGCUCGAGCUUUCUCCACUCUUUCCAGUUCAACAGCGAGCCUUCGAACGACAACGUUCCGCGAACUCGAGCCGAUCAUCGACGUUUCCCUCCAAUAUCAACAAACCGUUCGUUCGAGGAUUAAACCGAUCAACCUUAUCCACCUGGCCGCGAGAAAAGAUGACACUCUGCCACGAUCCCGAGGGAAAGUUCGAGCGUAGAAAGCAGUGCCCGUGGAGAAUAUGAAAUGAGGUGGUAGUCGAGGGAUAUCGGUGUUUCCGAUAGCGAGAUCUCGCGGUUAUUUCGAUCGCGUGCGGGCAUUCGCGCGGUGAUGCAGGCUGCCUGAUAGAACGUGAUCGUUUGUCGGGGAAGAAACUUCGCGAUCGAAGGAGGUUCGAGACUUCCUGUAAAUCAGAAGACCGUGGAUGCAGCCGGGUGUUGGACGCGGGGGUGGCGUGGCCCACACAGGUGGGACAGGUGACGACGAGGCUCCGAAAGAUCCCGGUGUUCGGAUCACUCAUCAGUCUUACACCGAGAAAGACUACGAAGGUCACAGAGCGCACACGGUGUACGUGGGCGUGCAUCUGCCAGGAGAAAGGAGACAUCGUCGUCACCACAAGCACCAUCAUUCCCAGCGUCAAACGUACACCACCGCCAAGGAAAAUGUCGACAACGAUAGACCGAUUACACCGCCAGCCCAAAGGGUGCAGUUCAUCCUGGGCGAGGAAGUCGGCGACGAUGCCCACGAGUCCCAUCCUCUCUUCUCCGAGAUGGAGGAGCUCGUCAAGGAUGGCGACGAGAUGGAAUGGAAGGAAACGGCCAGAUGGAUCAAAUUCGAGGAAGACGUGGAGGAGGGUGGAAACAGAUGGAGCAAACCCCACGUAGCGACUCUGUCGUUGCACUCGUUGUUCGAACUUAGGAGCCUGCUGUUAAAUGGCACCGUGAUGCUAGACAUGGAGGCGAGCAGCCUCGAACAAAUUGCCGAUUUGGUUCUCGACAAUAUGAUCAACAAGGGCUCGUUAGCCAUUGAAUCACGGGAGAAGGUUAAGGAGGCUCUUCUAGUGAGGCAUCGACACCAACACGAGAGGCGCAAAGACAACAACAUGUCCAGGCUACCAAUCAUCAGAUCGCUGGCUGAGAUAGGGCGGAAUCAUUCCUCUUCAAAGAAUGAAGACUGUUCAUGUGGUUUGCAUGCCUUGUUGACGUCAGAUUUACAGGAGCGUCGCGUAGCCGUCGACGCGUACGCGCCCGCGGUCGCGCGCAGCAGUAGCUGUCCAAACUCGAACACCGCCCUUUUAUCGAAAGAGGCGAAAGAUCUAAAAGGGCCUUAUCUACUGGUUCCAGGCCAAGAACCAGGCACCAAUGGGAUGGAUCGAAGUCCAAGCAGCGUGUCAAUUAGCAGAAACCACAGUUCGUCAGCUUUGGAGAACGGAGACGCGAAUCACAGGGCUAACAUACACUUUAUGAGGAAAAUACCGGCAGGGGCUGAAGCGAGCAAUAUUCUCGUUGGAGAGGUGGAUUUUUUAGAUAAAACCCUGUCAGCGUUUAUUCGGCUAAGCCAAGCGGGAAUAAUGGGCGAUCUAACGGAAGUUCCAGUGCCAACAAGAUUUAUAUUCGUCCUGUUGGGACCUACGGGAGGAAUCUCGGGUUUCCACGAAAUCGGUCGUGCGAUGGCCACGUUGAUGUCCGAUGAAGUUUUCCAUGACGUGGCUUACAAAGCGAAGAAUAGAAAUCACUUGCUGGCUGGAAUCGACGAGUUCCUGGACGCGGUCACGGUUCUACCUCCCGGGGAAUGGGACCCUGCCAUCAGGAUAGAACCACCCGCAGCGAUUCCUUCGCAGGACGUAAGAAAACGGCCGAAAGAGGAGAAACCAAAAGAGGAAUACGACGAAGAAGCGGACGAACAGAAACUGAGGGAAGAGUCAGGACUGUCGAGAACAGGAAGACUGUUCGGUGGUUUGGUCAAUGAUGUGAAGAGAAAGGCACCGUUUUACUUCUCCGAUUUUAAAGACGCCUUGGCGAUUCAAUGCGUGGCCUCUUUCAUUUUCCUCUACUUUGCCUGUCUAUCGCCUAUCAUCACCUUCGGUGGCUUGCUAGGCGAAGCUACCGGCAAGAACAUGGCCGCCAUGGAGUCGCUGGUUUCCGGUUUCGUAUGCGGUAUCGGUUAUGGAUUUUUCUCGGGACAACCUCUGACCAUUCUGGGUUCCACCGGACCUGUUUUGGUCUUCGAAACGAUCGUCUACGAAUUUUGCAAAAAAUCCGACUGGAAUUACAUGUCCUUCCGUUUCUGGAUCGGCUCGUGGAUAACCCUGAUCCUGAUCAUUCUGGUUGCCAUCGACGCCAGCGCCCUGGUGUGCUACAUAACCCGAUUCACGGAAGAAAACUUUGCCACCCUCAUCGCGUUUAUCUUCAUUUAUAAGGCUAUCGAGAACGUACUAUCGAUAGGUAAAAAAUACCCGAUUAAUACUCAUGCCAACGACCCGUUCAGUUUCGAAUGCUGGUGCAGGCCACCGAACGGCACUCUACCGUCUAGCUACGACAACGUCAAUUGGACGGCAUUGGAUCCGAAAACAUGCCAGAGCUACAACGGCACGCUUAUAGGCGAUGGUUGCAACCAACCGCACUACAUACCCGAUGUGUUCCUCAUGUCAAUUAUACUCUUUAUGGGCACAUUCUUACUAUCCGUCGAGCUGAAAGAUUUCAAAAACGCUCUCUUCUUCCCAUCAAAGGUCAGACAGGUGGUCAGCGAUUUCGCAGUAAUAAUCGCGAUCUUCUCGAUGAGCGCGCUCGAUCACUUCGUCAACAUCCCGACGCCGAAGUUGGAGGUACCUGUAGAAUUUAAACCAACAUUGGCCGAUCGAGGAUGGAUGAUCUGGCCGUUCCAAAGCAAUCCCUGGUGGAGCGCCAUCGUCGCCUGUCUACCCGCCCUCUUAGGCACUAUAUUAAUCUUCAUGGAUCAGCAAAUUACAGCGGUGAUAGUGAACAGGAAAGAGAACAAACUGAAGAAAGGAUGCGGUUAUCACUUGGACCUGUUCAUUCUCGCGAUACUGAUAGAAAUUUGCUCUGUAAUGGGUCUGCCAUGGUUCGUGGCAGCUACGGUGCUUUCUAUAAACCACGUGAACUCUUUGAAGCUGGAAUCCGAAUGCGCUGCACCGGGAGAGAAACCGCAGUUUCUUGGCGUACGGGAACAACGCGUUACACAUAUAUUGAUCUUCUUGAUGAUCGGCUGUUCGGUGCUCUUGACGCCGAUGUUGAAACACAUACCGAUGCCUGUACUCUUUGGCGUAUUUCUCUACAUGGGAGUCGCUUCCUUGAAGGGUCUACAGUUCUUCGACAGGAUACUUAUCAUGCUGAUGCCCGUCAAGUAUCAACCGGACUACAUGUUCCUCCGGCAGGUACCCUUGAAACGCGUCCAUGUAUUCACCGCGAUACAACUGACCUGUUUGGCUGUUUUGUGGAUCAUCAAGUCUUUCAGCAGCACGUCCAUUUUGUUCCCAUUGAUGCUCGUAGUUAUGAUCGGGAUACGCAAGUCCCUGGACCUGCUGUUCACUCAACGAGAACUGAAGAUCCUGGACGACGUGAUGCCGGAGCCGAGCAAGAAGCACGCGGAAGAUCUUCGCCAAUUGGAGAGCGGCGAGGAACAGAACGAGUCUAUGGGGUACGGGCCAGCUGGGAACAUCCAGAUUUCCUUGGCGAACGGGAAUAUCAUGAAGAUUCCGAUGACGAGCAUCAACAUCAGCGAGGAGGUGAACAAGACGGGCAUUUGGCAGCAGGUGAACGAAGGCAACGAGAAACCGAAACAGACCAAAUUGAUCAGCACGGGGAAACAAAAGAAACAUUCGAAGAAGGAGAACUCGUUGAUGGCUGACGAGACUACGAGGCUAACUACGAUGACCGAAGAGGACGAGGAUGACAGUGGGAUCUCUAUCAAGGUGACAAACGUAGACUUGAUACGAUCGAAGGAAAGCAUCAGCCCGUUAACGAUUAACGGCACUACCUCGGCCGAGACUUCCGUCUAACGAAAGCAACACGGUUCAAAGGAAACGAAUCCUCGAGUCGUGAAACAAUUCCAAGAAUUUCCAUUUCUUUUUUUUUUUCCAUUGCGAUUAAUCAAUACAGAGUAUCUCUAAAGAUAUAUAUGUACGCUACGUUUAAAUCUUUUUCAGAUACCCUGUAGAGAUAAAUAAUUAUCAAAUGAUAAAGGAUGCGUGCGGAUUGUAACUGGAGAUACACGAGGGACAAUUAACUUUUUAUUUCACGGUAAAUGAAAUCGGUUCGGUGUAAUUAACGAGUGCUACUAUCGUUGAAUAUCAAGGUGAAACCGACACACAACCUUUCAUUCGAUGAAAAUAACGCACACCGUUGAAAUUAAGAUAGAGAACGAUUGUAUAGAUUUAAGGUUCGAUCGUCGUCGGAUUGUCGAAUCCUUAAGUCUACCGUUGUCAGUGUGCAAUAUUAACGUGUAUUUAUUAAAUUUAGCUAAUAUAGAGUCUGUGACCAUGAUAGAUACGCCAAUGGAAACCCCCUUCGAUAUUUUCGACGUUUCCUUCGAGGGAUGUUUUUUGUCGAGGAACUUUGAAACGCAUAGAGAAAUGCAUCGAGAGGGUUGUUUGAUAUUUUCACGAAUACUCGUAUUAGGUAGACAUUUCUUUGUCAGCUCGAUUGCUUUCCAUUCCUUUCUUUAGAAGGGUUAAAAAAAAAAGCUUUUGAUACGUCAAAUACCGGCCAGCAGUGACAAUAUUUAUUAUAAAGUAUACAGAAUGCCGAUCACCCUGUAUACAGCAUCUUUUUUACGUAAGAACGACAGAGAAGAUACGUUUAUCAAAAUGAAAUUUACGGGGGAAAAUUUGAACGCGGUGGGUAGUCAAGAACUUUUUCCUUUUUACCGAGAGAAAAAUAUUUAACGCGGUCCCUUGAAGGAUGUCAUUUUUUCGUUCGUUGAAAGUAAACGAAACGAUCAGAUUUUUAUCGUACUGCAAGUCUUUCAGAUAGAGAAUGCAACGAUUUGGAUAGUUGAGGAUCGUUGCGCAAACUAAUUGUUAUUUUUCUUCUCCACCGAUUUCCUCGCCGAGACAGACUAACGGAGAAAGAUCGGUGAGAGGAGAUUAGCAGAGGAUAUUUGAUACGAUAUUUUUCAGAGGACGCGUUAUCGUGUUAUUAGCUGUUGAAACAAUUGUUCAGAGUUUUGUUCGUCGAUGAACAAGUAAACGAGUCAUUGUGUAAUGCCAACGUGUCGUAGAAUUGUAUAUUAAUGAUAAAGAGAAGAACGUGGUGAAUUAACCCUUGGGGGGUGGAGUACCCGUUGGGGGUUGACAAGCCAGCAAGCGAACGGUAUUCCGGUAGAGUGUAUAUAUUUUCGAUCUGCAUAUUUUUCGAGAAUCGCUGACGCGUUGGUUGCGAUUUUUUACCGAACAUCGGAAUUCACCAUUUUAGCAGACCUAGCUUCGCGUACGAUCAAUUCUUCAAUCCGGAAUACCGUCGACAAGAACGAGGCUGUUAGCGAAGAUGCAAAAACGUAGAACGUUAACCCUCGAAUGGUGGAAAUUUUACGUAUCGGAAAGAUUGAUGAAGAAUCGAAACUCUGAGCAAAGACACGCCGUUCGAGGAUUAAUUUACUUUUAAACGUAUUCGUUUGAUUUUCAUUGCGUCAUAAAAUAAGUGUGCGUUACGAAUAAGUUUCAUGACGAUCCACGUAAAUAAGAAAGUGACCACGUAAUGUUUUAUAGGAUAAUAGAAAAUACUCGUAUUUUAGACGCUUUAACAUCCGUGAUCACAAAUAGUACGCGUACACGUGCGAAGAAACGAAGAAACUCAACAAUGUUAAUCAGCCACGAUCAUAUAAUUCGCUGCCAUGCAUGCAAUCGAUGUAUUAUUAUUCCUCUUUGACGGAAUUGCUGAUAAAUUCUGAUUAAAAAGAUAGAAGAAAGAAAGAAGUACGAUACUGAUCAUCAUACCGCUACAUUUCAUCCUUGUCAACUUACUUCCAAUAUAUU